AUGCUGUUGAAGCAAGCUCAUGGCAGUUUUCACAAGUUAUUAAGGGACACUUUGGUAGACUUCCCGCAUCUGACCCCCGACUCGUCCCGACUAACUGUCAUUAGUUCACCGAAAUAUUACGCAAACAACGAGUUGUUUAAACUAUUUAAUACAUUUAAACUCGAGGCAAAGGCACUGGAGGUAUCGGAACAGACACUCAAAAUAGAGUCCAUUCAGCAGCUAAUUGAUAGACAAGACAUCGAUGUAAUGGUCCUUAAAAAGAACAUUAUUGAUAGGUUACUUAAAGAUCGCUACAAAGAGCUGAUACCUCGCAUACAGUAUGUCGAUUACCAGGAUUUUGAAGCGUCUAUACGAGUCAGGCAUUGA